AUGUCUUCCACAGACUCAGACUUUGCCGCCCUCUGCGAACGCCUCGCCCGCGCCUGGGCAGCAAGCUGGUCCACCAAAGACGCCUCAUCCCUCACAACCCUCUACACCCGCGAAGGAAUCUGGACCGACCACAGCUUCCGCGUAACCCGCAAAGGCACCUCCGCCCUCACAAACCACUACAACCUCUGGAUCCACGCGAACCCGGACUUCCACGUGCCCGAGAUCCUCAACAUCUGGCCGACCCCGCAAGGCUGCGUGAUGAAGUACAUCGGCAAGGGGACGAUGACGGGCGAUCUCGCCGGCAGGUUCCCGCCGAAUGGGAAGGCGUUUGAGUUUUUGGGGUAUUGUGAUUUUGUGGUGGAUCGGGAGCAGGGGUUGAUUGAGAGGUUGGAUGAGGUUUAUUGUCGGAAUUAUUGGGAUUCGAGGUUUGAUGAGUAUAGGUAUGAGGUGAAGAUUUGA